AUUUGAUUUAUUUUUCAUUUGAUUUAUUUAUUUAUUUUUUUUUUUUUACUUUAAUGAUGCAAUGAAUAAAGAACAAGCUUUCUCUCAUUAUAGUGAUUCUCAUUCUUUACAUGCAAAACCAUGGUCUUUGGACAAAAGAAAAGAUGGUACGCAACAACAUGGUCAUUUUUAUUAUCAACCUACGCCACCUCCAGAAACAGUCAUUGUUCAUUCAGUACCUAAAAAAUCAAAGGAUGCCUGCUGUUGGGGAUGUGCUGCAGCACUCUGUUUAUGCUUUGGUUUAAAAGAAUGCUGUACCUGAAAAUUAAUACAAGCUUGUAAUACGAUUAAAUUUAAUUUUAUUUCGGUGUUUUUUUUUUUCGGCAAUAGGCAUAUAGCGACGAAAUGUGCUGUAUUGCCCGAGCCAGUUAUAAAGUGAUUAUAAGAAUUAUAAAACCUCUCAAGAAA